AUGAAACCUCCACCAGGUUUGUUCUCAUUGCCUACAUCAGAUAGCAACUAUGACUCAUCUUUGUUUCUUCGGAAAACAUCCACAGGUUGUGUUCUUCUUUUGGUAUAUGUCGAUGACAUUAUUAUUACAGGAACUGAUUCUUCACUAAUCACUAGCCUGCGAUAUCAGCUUAAGGAUUCUUUUCAUAUGGAAGAUCUUGGUACUCUUACAUAUUUCUUGGGUUUGGAAGUUCAUCGUGAUUCAUCUGGUGUGUUUCUAAAUCAACACAAAUAUACCCAAGAUUUUAUUUCUUUGGCAGGUCUUCCGAAUUUCUCCUCUGUGGAUACUCCAUUAGAAUUUAAUGCAAAGUAUCGCCAGGAGGAAGCCGAUCUUCUUCCUAAUCCAACUAUAUUUCAGCAAUUAGUUGGGAGCUUAAAUUUCCUUACUAUUACCAGGCCUGGUAUCUCUUUUGCAGUUCAACAAGUUAGUCAGUUCAUGCAAGCUCCCCGUCAUCUUCAUUUGGUGGCUGUCUAUCGUAUCAUUCGAUACCUCCGAGGAACAUCUAAUCGUGGAUUAUUCUUUCCUAGUGGUUCGCCUAUUCGUCUUAAUGCUUUUUGUGAUUCUGAUUGGGCGGGAUGUUCCGACACUCGUCAUUCGAUUACUGGUUGA